UCGUUCCUAUUCAAUGUCAUCGCAAUCCGCAUAUUAGCUUCAGGCAAAUUCAUAACUCGAACGAAUUGGAAUCGCAGAGUAGACAUUUUUUGCUGAUUAAAAUAUGAAGUUCUGCAAGAAAUACGAAGAAUACAUGCAAGGCCAGCAGAAGAAACUUCCUGGAGUUGGUAUCAAGAAGCUCAAGAAGAUAUUGAAAAAAUGCAGCAGAGACUGCCGAUCCCGCAAAGGCCUUAAUGAAGCCAUUGGCGUCAGAACCUGCAGCGACCAAUGCCCAGUGUGUGAUGGAAGCUUCUUCCCUUCCCUUCUCGACGGGAUGACUGAAGUAGUAGGUUGUUUUAAUGAGCGUGCCCAAAAGUUGUUGAAGCUGCAUCUUGCUUCUGGCUUCAGAAAGUACCUUUUCUGGAUCAAAGGCAACUUACCUGGAAAACAAACCGCCCUCGUUCAAGAAGGCAAAGACCUGGUUAUUUAUGCUCUAAUUAAUGCCAUUGCAAUUCGAAAGAUACUCAAGAAAUAUGAUAAGAUUCAUUAUUCGAAACAAGGACAAUUAUUUAAGUCAGAAGCCCAGAGUAAGCACAUGGAAAUUCUUCAGAGUCCCUGGCUUUGUGAGCUCAUGGCAUUCCACAUCAAUUUAAGGGAAACCAAGAAUAAAUCAAUGAAGAGGCCACCUGCUUUCUUUGAUGGAUGUUCCCUCAUAUAUAAGGACGAUAAACCAUCACUUACUUGUGAGCGAUUUGAUUCCAUCAAACUUGAUAUUGACUUGACUUGUUCUAUAUGCUUGGACACAGUAUUUGAUCCAGUUUGUCUUACUUGUGGCCACAUAUUCUGCUACAUGUGUGCUUGCUCGUCUGCAUCAGUAACUAUUGUUGAUGGACUUGAGGCAGCAAAUUCUAAUGCGAAAUGUCCUCUCUGCCGAGUGAGUUCUAUUCUUGUUGAUUGUAGCGAGGAGUCUAUCAAGGUGCCGUGCGUUUGGAAGAGUUAAACAUUUUGUUAGGCCGAAGCUGCAAGGGAUACUGGGAACAAAGGCUCCGGACAGAGAGGGCUGAGAGGGUUGAACAAAUAAAGGAGCAUUGGGAAUCCCAGUGUAGGGCGUUAGUGGGCGUCUAGCUAACGGUUGUCUAUUGUUAUAUAUUUAUAUAUAUGUAUAUUGUAAAUAACAUUCAACAUAAUGUGACGUUUAAGUUCAAAGAUGUAGGGUGUAGCAAUUUCUUAGUCAGGAUGGCUACUUAUGUGGUGGUAAAGACAGUUAGCAAGUACGUAAAACAACCGAGAAACACAUCCAUUUAUGAUUA